GGCUUCCAAUGUGCAAGGUGGAUACACAGUGGCUUAGGCUAACCUAGCAUUCCCCAAUCUCAUGCCCUCCAGGUGGGCGAGGACUACAAUUCCCCAUGGGCCGUGCUGGCUGGGGCGCAUGGGAGUUGUAGUCUCGCCAGAUCAGGUAAAGAUAAAACUGCAAAGCCAAUGAAGGCUUCCCUAAGAUCGAAGAGCUGCUCAAAGCGGUUCAAGUCUACCAGAGGUGGCCCUGAAGCUUCCCGGUUUGGGAUGAAGCGAUCGGGGCGCCGUGGAACUCUUAACGUGGGCAGGGGAAGUCUUAGCACGAAGGGCAGAGGGAGUUUCAAGAUCUGUUAUCUCGUGGCACUGAGACAAUGAAUGACGGGAACGAUCAUGCAGAAAUCAAGGCCGAUGUUGACACGGAGGUCAUAAAACUUUUAUUGGCAGCGACUUUUGGUUCCUGAAAGCCACACAGUCCACCCAGAGAAUCCACGAUGCCCCACAUUGAGAAUGACAUUAAAUUGGACUUCAAGGAUGUCCUCCUGAGACCAAAACGGAGUACCCUCAAAUCCCGGAGCGAGGUGGAUCUCAUGAGGUCCUUCACCUUCCGUAACUCCAAGCAGACCUACACGGGGAUUCCCAUCAUCGCGGCCAAUAUGGACACGGUGGGGACCUUUGAGAUGGCCAAGGCGUUGGGCAAGUUCUCUCUCUUCACCGCCAUCCACAAGCACUGCGCUCUGCAGGAAUGGACGGAAUUCGCAGCUCAGAAUCCAGAUUGUCUCCAGAACGUGGCUGCCAGCACGGGGACGUCCGACUUGAACCACUUGGAGCAAAUCCUGGAGGCCGUGCCCCAGAUCCGCUAUAUCUGCCUGGACGUGGCCAACGGUUACUCGGAGCAUUUCGUCCAGUUCCUGAGGGAUUUGCGGAAGCGCUUCCCCGAUCACACCAUCAUGGCCGGGAACGUCGUGACGGGCGAAAUGGUGGAGGAGCUCAUCCUGUCGGGAGCCGACAUCAUCAAAGUGGGGAUCGGACCAGGCUCCGUUUGUACCACCCGGAAGAAAACCGGGGUGGGUUACCCUCAACUCAGCGCCGUCAUGGAGUGCGCGGACGCGGCCCACGGCCUCGGAGGACACAUCAUCUCGGACGGAGGCUGCCAUUGCCCAGGGGACGUGGCCAAAGCUUUCGGCGCUGGUGCAGACUUUGUGAUGGUGGGAGGCAUGUUGGCCGGACACACCGAAUCCGGCGGGGAUCUGAUUGAAAAAGAAGGGAAGAAAUACAAGCUGUUUUACGGCAUGAGCUCCGAGGUGUCCAUGAAGAAAUACGCCGGAGGAGUGGCCGAAUAUCGGGCAUCGGAAGGCAAGGUGGUGGAAGUGCCCUUCAAAGGGGACGUGGAGCACACCUUGAGGGACAUCCUGGGCGGCAUCCGCUCCACCUGCACCUACGUGGGCGCGGCCAAGCUGAAGGAGCUCAGCCGCAGGACCACGUUCAUCCGCGUCACCCAGCAGGUCAACCCCAUCUUUGGGGGGGAGGAUCAGCCUUGAGACAGCUGGCCCUGCUCCCUUCCCCACCUCACUUUCUCCCACUUUUCCAUUCCGUGGAAGGCAUUCCUUGCCAAUAGCACUGACGGCGUUCCCUAGUUGGGUCGUGAAACGUCUGCAAGAAAACAACCAAGCUCAGCGCGCCAAGGACCCCCACAGUCCUCCUCUCUCUAAACCUCACUCCCUAACACUGAUGAUGUUACCUAGUUAGGUCAUGAAACGUCUGCAAGAAAGCAACCUAGCUCAGAGAGCACCAAGGACCCCCCAGUCCCCCUCCCUCUCCCCCUCCACAAACCACACUCCCUUUAGCUCUGAUGACAUUCCCUAGUUGAGUCAUGAAACGUCGGCAAGCAAAUCGCCAAGCUAAGAGCACCAAGGACCUCACAGUCGUUAUCCUCUCCACAAACCCCCGUCUCUCCUAGCCAGGGGUGGGAUUCAAAAAUGUUAGCAACCGGUUCUCUGCCUGGUUGCUAAGUGGGCGUGGCCAUGGUGGGCGUGGCCUACUCAGCCUCCUGCACCAUGACCGGGGGGGGGGGGG